UAAAUACUGAUAUAGGAAAGCCCUAGCACUUGUAUAGACACAUGUGUAGAUUGCCUCGGGCGGUGGUCUAAUAUACAGUCUUUACUGACAACCAGGUCGGUCAUUUCUUGUUUUUCCAUAGAUCGUGUUCGUACUGACAAACGUCUCAAUGAAUUCAGCGUGUGUUGUCUUCGGCGCCAUGUGCGUGUUCGCCCUUUUCUACACGGGAUCAGCUUUAAGGCUUAACUUAUUUGAAUACCCUUGUCCAAUUGGCUGUGCUCAAAGAACAUGUACCCAAUUAGGCUGCACUGCAUGCGUUAGAGGUUACUCUGUGCUUUACAGAAAUGGUAUGAGCAUCUGUGUGACUACUUGUCCCGAGGGCGACUACAAACACCCACUGGGAUUUUGCACAAGAUGUAAUAUCCCGAACUGUCAGGCUUGUACCGACGAGAACACGUGCACGGCCUGUGACAGGGGUUAUGAGCUGGACAGGGGAGAGUGCACGAGGCGGUUCCGGGGCUAAACGGAUGGGCCGUGGGACACGCUCAGGGGGGUUACACCCGUCCAAUACAAUCUCUGCUCUAACUAUUCACCAUUUCCAACCUGAACUUCACGAUACCACACGUUUCCCAAUGUGACUAAAUGCAAAUGUGGAUGCUCAGUUCCUAAGUUUGAAAUAAACACAUAAAUUUCUAUA